AGCAGAGUACAGUCGGUGCAGUGGAGCAGGCUGAUUCACAGAAACACGGAGAGUGUGGGCUUGCAGCUGUGUCCAGGCUCCGUGGGACGGUUUGGUUCGUGCAGAUGAUCGUUUUCGCUGGAUGUUAGAGUCUUCUGGGAGUGAGAUGAUCAUUCAGACUUAGGAAGGAGGUUCUGCUCAGCUGAUCCAUGUUCGUGCUCACAGAUAACUAGCUCUAUAGAGGCUAGCUUCUGAGUUCCUACAUAGAGACGGACGAAACUCCAACAUGGACCAUCUGGUCGGUUGUGAUCAGCCGCCAGGGGCCUCGUGUCUCUGCAUAGAGCCAGUGUAUCAAUGCCCCUCUUCCGCCCAGCAGACCUUGUUACUACCAGACCCCCUGGACCAGACCAAAGCCAGCGCCUCAGGCCCAGAGGAGCGACCCAACGAGGACAGCGAGGCCACAGAGUCUGCAGACAGCGAGAACGACAUGAACCCCCCGUCUCUAAAAUGGGAGCUGAGGAGGUCGUCUUCGUCAUCUGCUCACAGCGGUGAGGAAGACGACGCUGAGACGAUGGAGAGAAGGCUGUUCAUGAAGGCCUAUGUGGAGAAGGUGUUUCAUGGAAGGGAGGACUUUGACCAGGAGGAGAAGGCCAUGUUUGGAGAGCUGUGCAGUGGAGAGAACGGAAAAGGCCGGGAAUGGUUUGCCAAAUAUGUCAGCGCCCAGCGCUGCCACUCCAAAUGUGUGAGCGAGGCCACGUUCUACAGGCUGGUCCAGUCCUUCGCUCUUGUUCUGUUUGAAUGUUUUCAGGUGGACGACUACAGCCCGGCUAAAAGCCUCAUGACCAUGUGCUUCACAUAUUACUACAUUGGGAAGUGUCCGCAAUCCCCCUCUGACCUGCUGGACCGCGGCGGUCAGCAGGCAGGUCUGGACUCGUACCUGAACAAGGCCAACUCCUGGCUUUCAGGAAAGAAAGACGUUGCAGAGCGCCUUCUCAAACACACAUCGAAAACUGACGUCAGAGGCUUCUUUGGAGGCCUGGAGAGCAAACUGAGGAGCUCCAUAGCUUCCAAGUCUGAAGAAGGUCCUGCUGAGAUGAAACCCAAGUCCCCAGGAUCAGAAGGUCUAGAAGAGAAGAGAGGAGAAAAGGUUUACCUGUACACUCACCUGAAGCAGCAACCUAUAUGGCACACGCUGAGGUUCUGGAACGCUGCAUUCUUUGAUGCCGUCCAUUGUGAGCGGACAAAGAGAUCUCCGACCACCAGUGGAGCGCAGGACGCAGAGGGAGACAAGAGGGAGAAGUGGUGUCACAUGACCCAGGAGGAGAGAGACGACAGCUACAAGAUCGAUGAGAACAUCGCCUUCGGGCAGCUGGGGUAAGGAAGCCACCUGGGAUGGUUUAAAGCCAGAUCAGAGGGGGAUGGAAAUUAAAAGCUCACAUGUCACGGAGGUUCAAUAAAUAAAAGGAGCAAAUUAAUAGGAUAGAUAAACAGUUCAUAAAAAGUAAUUUUGUAACUUCUACUUGGUACUUUUGGCUCAUGCCAAAAACCCAAAUUCAACCUUUUAUUUUCUUUCUUUGACCAGCAAUAUAAAUUAAAAUGUCUUAGUAUUAUCAUUAUUAUUGUUGUUAAACUUUGAUUAAACAAGAAAAAGUCACCAUUCGGAU